AUAGGCCUUUAUUAAAGGAGGAUGAAACUAAUGAAUUGGGUUUGGCGAGGUAUUUCUGAUCGUCUUUCAAAAACACCUUUUAGGUAAGGUGUUUCUCUCUUAAAAUUUGAAUUCUCCUGAACCUGAGUCAAGGCUUUGCCCAAAGGAGGAAGGAAUGAGCGGAGAAGAGGGGUUUGAAGAAUGGGAUGCAGACUUCUUGGACCAGCUGAUCCAAGUGGAGGAAUUGGCCUUGUCUUCCACGGCUGCACCCUGUUACGCUUCUUCCUCUCAGUACCCUCACACUCAUUCUCCCCCACAUUUGGAAUUUUCUCACUCCCGUUAUGAGAAUACCGAUACUAUCACCCACUCCCCUCCUCCGCAUCUCUCCCAGAGACUCAUCACAGACGCUCAACAUGGAGACGCCAGAGACCUCCAAGUCAAUCGAUUGAAGGGAGAGCUGCAACGUGUCUCCAAGCAGCUGACAUACCUGGAGCAGGAAUGCUUGGAGCUAAGGAAAGAAAGAGAUGAGAAAGAGGAGAAGCUUAAAAAUGUAUAUUCACAGAUGGAAGCUAAAGGUGCUGAGGUUCACUAUUUGAAGAGUAGAAAUUUUGGCAGGGAAAAUGGAGUUUCUCAACCAUGUCAAAAUGUGAACACUUCAGUGAAUGAAGCUGACUUUCGGGUUGACACAGCUAUGCCAACCUGUAAGGCCAAGGGAGUUCAGACAGACAUGGCUGAUUCUACCCGUUUGACCGUAGAUAAUGAUCUAUCUGCUCAUGAUCAUCUUUCCAACAAGUUGUUAACCAUUUGGGGCUCUCAAAGUGGGCAAACAUCAGGAAAAAAUCUGGUUUCUAAGUUACUUGUGGCUUGUGAAACAGAUUUCCAUGUCCUUUUUGGGUGCUUGAGCAUGAAUAUGGCCUCCAAAAUGAUAAACUCUCUUGCAGAUGAAGACUCUUCCGAUUUGCCUUCGAAGGGUCAUAUAAUGUCUACUCCUUCUGAAGUGGCAAAGGCCUCACAUCUCUAUUCUGUGCUGACAAAGGUCAGUAAUGGGAUUGUACGGUUGGAGGCUUUGUUCGAAGCAUUACUUGACCUAUGUGGUGUUGGAAAUGCUAUUAUUGUUCAUAGAUCUCUAUGUAUACUGCAUGCGGUUUUGAAUCACUUGUCUGGUUUAGAAAGGAAAGCUGAAAGAAGGGACAAUGUCAUUGUUGAAGAUCUUUGCUUCAGGGACAGCAUUAUGGAUUCCCAUGGGCCAGAAAGUGCAAAAUCUGGAGGCUUAGUUAGUGUGAACAAGGAUGAGACAUUUUACCCGGUCUAUAAUCCGCUUGGAGCCAGAUUAUUUGAUGCAGAAGUUCUACGGAAAAAGGAACACUGGGAACACGGUACUGCAAUGUUGGUUUCUUGUGUAAACUGGGUUUCUCUCUUUGAAUUGAUGCAUCAAAUUGCCGUGGGGAGUACUGAAGAAUGUGUAAUAUUGGAAGCAGUGUCUAUAAUGAAUGUGAUUCUUAUGAGAAGCAAUGCAUAUCUGGAGAGGGAAAAGUUUGGAACACUGGUACUCAAAAGUGUUUCACAAUUAUUGAGGAAGGAAGCUGGAUUGUGUGUGCAAAAGCAAGCCAUGCAUCUUCUAUACCUACUUCUAAAUAGUCCAAAUCUAUUGGUCAUAUUCUGUUCUGGUUGUAAGGAGGAGAUGAAAGGUGCUGAAGAUGAAAAUAAUGAUGCCAAAAAUGCUUCAGCUUUCAGAGAAUUUAGUGUCAUACUUGAUGGCUUGGCAAAUUGUGUGGCAUGCUGUGGAAAUGGUACACAGGAGUUGAAACUUCGUAGGAAUGCCAUCAUCAUGCUGGCUUUCCUGGCUUCUGGAAAAUCUGGCUUUGAAAUUCUGUUGGGUCACAAGCUUUCCAAACAAACCAACUUUCUUGUGUUGAUAUUGCAAUUAUUGGUCUCAGAGAUGGAUGUAGAAGUAGGGAAGUCUACAGAGCCACCAGAAAUAUUCAAAGAGAGGACAUUGCUGAUACGUGAAGCACUGAUUUUUCUCAACAGACUAGUGUCUAACCCUUCAUAUUCCACUGCUGUGUUGCGAGUAUUAACAAGUAGCAGAGAUGUAGCCAGCUUGACCAUUGAUAUUGCAAACAGGCUUUCCCGAGUAGGCCAGGGGCAUUGGCAGUCUGAGAAUGCAGCAAGGCAGAUGAGAGAAUCUGAAAUUGUUGACUUGGCUCGGGUAUUUAGAAAAAGGGUUUUCAGUUAUUUAGGUGAUAAACUUUCAUAAAAUAGCCGAUACAAUAGAUGAAAUGAUUUUUGAAUGUUUCGUGGAUACUGCCAAAAGCAAUUAAAUCAGGGAUGAGGGAUUCGGAAGAGUGCUAAGCAAUCAUCCCUUCAAUGGGAAAAUUUUGGUCGUUCCUGGCUGAAGCUUAUAAUAUACGCUGCUGCCAAUUCUUCAAUGAAAGGCAUGCAUUUUUCUCUGAACUUUGUAGAGUAGUAUCUUACAAGGGUACUGGCCCCAAUGCUCAUGUAUAUGUUAAAAAUGACUCAAUUAUUGCACUUUUGCUUACGG